UACACUACCGGAUAAUUAGCUCGACCAGCCAAGCCGGUAGUGCUUUGUUUAGAGGAGAGAAGGGGCGCAAACAGCCGGAUACCAGCCAAGAUUCAAGCAGCCAGCACGCACCUCACCGUGUCACACGCUGUUGUUCGCAACUGGCUUGGGUUGGAAGAGAGGCUACCAGGCAAGAGUUUGCGCAGGAGUGAGUGAAGAUCCAGGUCGCUGCAAUGGGCAUCCUGUUCUCGUGCCCGGCCGACGACUACGACCCCAUGGAGGAAGCCAUCCUCGCGCCGGCCGGCGGCGGGGAGCCGACCAUCCUGAGGGCCUUGGGGUCCGGCAAGCUGCUCAUACAGGGCUCGCUCAGCUUCAAGAGGGAGCAGCUCGACGACACCUCCGGCUCUCUCCAGGUGGAGACCGAGAUCUCCAUCAAGGCCGGCGGCGACAUUGCAGCCGCUGCGCCGGCGCCGGCGCUCAUGCCGAGGGAGCUCGCCAGGGUGAGGCACGGCGCCGACGGCGUGCCCCCCUCGGGCGCCGAGAGCCCGAAGCACGAGGCGGCGGCGCUGAGGCUGCAGAAGGUGUACAAGAGCUUCCGGACGCGGCGGCAGCUCGCCGACUGCGCGGUCCUCGUGGAGCAGAGCUGGUGGAAGCUUCUGGACUUCGCGCUCCUCAAGCGCAGCUCCGUCUCCUUCUUCGACAUCGAGAAGCAGGAGACCGCGGUGUCCAAGUGGUCAAGGGCAAGAACCCGAGCUGCCAAGGUUGGAAAGGGACUGUCCAAGGAUGACAAGGCGCAGAAGCUCGCCUUGCAGCAUUGGCUCGAAGCGAUUGACCCCCGCCACCGCUACGGCCACAACCUUCACUACUACUACGAUGGCUGGCUCCAUAGCGAAAGCAAGCAGCCUUUCUUCUACUGGCUUGAUGUUGGAGAAGGCAAAGAGAUCAAUCUUGAAGGCAAGUGCUCCCGAUCGAAGCUUCUCAAUCAGUGCAUCAAAUACCUUGGUCCGAAGGAAAGAGAGGACUACGAAGUUGUAAUUGAGGAUGGGAAGUUCUUGUACAAAAAGAGUCGGCAAAUCCUUGACUCGCGUUGUGGACCGAGAGAUGCAAAGUGGAUCUUUGUUCUUAGCACAUCUAAGAGCCUGUAUGUUGGUCAGAAGAAGAAGGGUACAUUUCAACAUUCUAGCUUUCUUGCUGGGGGAGCCACUUCUGCUGCUGGGAGAUUGGUUCUUGAAAAUGGAACUCUGAAGGCUAUUUGGCCUCACAGUGGACACUACCGCCCGACCGAGGAGAACUUCCAAGAGUUCAAGAGCUUUCUGAAGGACAACUUGGUCGAUCUUACUGAUGUUAAGAUGAGCCCAGCAGAGGAGGACGAGGAAUUCUGGGGUAGCCUGAGAAGGGUCUCAUCAGAGAACGAGAAAUCUGAAGAUACAUCUGGUGCACUUGAAGAAACCAUCUCUUCACAGAUACCUAAAGCUGGUGAAACAACUUCUACAGAGAGCAGAAGGCCGGAGGAAGCAGCAGUGGCAAUGCUGGAUUCAUCAGAAGAUGCCGAAAACACUGCAGCCUCAACUAGCAGCCAGAUGGCUGAAGCUGAUGAUCAGGCAGAGGACAGCCAGGCACCUGUGCCACGCGAGAAGAUCCUUCAGAGGAUCAACUCCAAGAAGGACAUGAAGUCAUACCAGCUGGGGAAGCAACUGUCUUUCAGGUGGACAACCGGUGCAGGCCCGCGGAUCGGGUGCGUGCGUGACUACCCGUCGGAGCUCCAGGCGCACGCGCUGCAGCAGAUGAACCUGUCGCCGAGGUGCGGUGCCACCGGAGCUGCUUCCUCCCGGUUUGCCUCGCCACAGAGACGAAGCUUCAACAGCAUUUUGGCAAGGGGGUGUGAAGCUGAGAUAUCCACGCCAAGAGGAGCAUUCGGAUCACCUCUGCAACAUGGGAUAGUUGCAGUUGCAGGCGAAGCGAAUUGACGAGGAUAGGUGAAAUAAGCACUUGCAGUUGAUGAAUUCCGAAGAUUCUCUCACAACAGCUGGAAAUACUGAAAUUCUUGCAGGCGUUUAUAGCAGAAAAAUAAUAAAGGAGCAUACUGCCCGUGUAGAUGUAGGUACUCUAGUGUAGUCCAGGUGAUAUACACAUACACAUUGUUCAGUAGAUGUGCAUCUGUGCAUACUAUAGUUGCUUACAAGGAUAGGCACACAGAUAUUCAAAUUCUUUCGUUCUUUCAGAAGCACCGAGCAAUCAGCCCCCCGUUUUUUAAUCA